AUGUCUCUCCCAACGCUGGGCUCACAAUUCUCCUCGAUUCUGGGCACCACCACUCCAACCAUCGACCUGACAACCCAGGAGGACCGACCCUUCAAACCCGCUUUCCAGACCGGCUCCAGUUGGACCGCUCCUUUCCGGGACGGUUUGCCCACUCCUCCCGGCGACAUGACCGGAGUGACCUACAAUGCCAUUCCUCCCAUGCCCUAUGGAGGGAAGGCUCAUGGCAUGCCCUCCCACCUCUACGGCUCGCGGCCCCAUUUCGAUUCGAUUCCUCCUUCGGUAAAUUCAUAUGGAUUGAAGCCGAACCACUCGGCACCCGUUAAAGAAGCCUCGGUCACGGAACCUACGCAGAAGAAGUCGAAUAGUACCUCGGGUGGCUCGCAACUGCGGAUUCCCUCGACCAUCAACAAUACCAAGGGCAACUUGGCCGAGUUUGCGGCGCAGAUGACCUGCCUCUUCUGGUUCGAGAAGUCUUCAAAACUCCAAGCUAUCGAAGACCGACUGCACCCCGUCCCUUCACUGGUCCCCGAAGCCAUCCCUACUGUCGGAUUCCAAAAAUGGGUGUCAACGAUUCUCUCGACAACACAGGUCAGCCAGAACGUAAUCCUGCUGGCUCUGCUGUUCAUCUACCGACUGAAGAAGUUCAAUUCGGGCGUGAAGGGAAAGAAGGGCAGUGAAUUCCGACUGAUGACGGUUGCCCUAAUGCUGGGCAAUAAAUUUUUGGACGACAACACCUACACCAACAAGACGUGGGCCGAGGUCUCGGGCAUUGCGGUGCAGGAAAUCCAUAUUAUGGAGGUCGAGUUCCUCAGCAACAUCCGUUACGAUCUGUUUGCCUCCGAGGCCAAAUGGGCUCGCUGGCACACCAAGCUGGGCCUCUUCGCCGACUUCUUCAACAAGGCAUCGGCCCUUCCCGCUGAGACGGACACCCCGGUUAUGCGUGUCUCUCCUACUCGAUUGCAGCCUCAUUCGCCCUUGUCCAAGUUGCCGUCGCCUCCUUCAGAUGUGCUUCGCCCGCAGUCCCAGCCGAACUGGUACAUGCCGGCUCCCGGUCUGCCCUACCCUAUUCCUUCGCCGGCUGGUCAGGUUGCCUCGGGUGGAUCCCGCAAGCGCAGUCGAGAUGAUGAGGAUGAGUUGCAACCCAUGAAGCGAGCUGCUCGGGGAACUGCUCAACCUACUCCGGCUCCCCUUACCGUCCCCUCAACGACCAUGAAUGCAAUGGCCACUCUUCCGCCGGUCCUCACACCAACAUCUGCUCCGGUUUCUCAGGGCCUCUCUCUCCCGCCUCCCAACCUGACAGCCUCCAACCCGGUUUCUCAUUGCCUUCCGACCCCCUCGACCUCACAAUUUCCCUGUAGCGGGGUCUCUCAGCUCCCUAUCCCGGCUCCUAUGCAGCCGAUCUGCAACCGGCCUUCGAACUGGGGUCAGCAUAUUCCCAAUGUGCCUGUGCCCGGGGUUCCAGCCGGCAUUUACAACGCCCCUUCUCUUCCGGAUCUCGGCCGACACAACCCAAGCCCGUUCGCUGUGUCUUCUGGCACCGUCUCGCCGGCUGUGUCUGCCUACUCGGUCCACACCCCGCAAACUCACCUCUCCCCAUCCUUUUUCCUCGCCAACCGUAACUCACCUUACCGGCCCGUCCGCUCGGUUUCAACUUUGCUCAUUCCGCCUCCGUCGGCCUCCCUGCAGCAGCAGCGCAGUGUUCCUUUUGACCACAUGCACUACCAGCCGCUGGGUAAGGGUACAUCCGAUCGCAAGACGGGCCUGCUCCCCUACAUCCAGCCCGAUGUGUGGAGCCAGGGGAACUUCCAACCCUAUUUCCCUCCCUCUCAGACCUUCUCUAACUGA